CUGGGAUCUGAUCACAAUGGAUGUUUGCAGAAGGCGUCUGGUCGGCAGUAUGAACCAGGGAAAGAAUAGGCUACAAAGUUUUGAUGGUGUCAUUUAAAGGAGAUUAAAAUGUUAAAUUAGUGGCUGAACCUAUAAAGUGUAUUUAUAAUUUGUUUCAUGUGUUGAACCAUUUUCCUACUUCAUUGCAAACAGUACAUAAAUACUUAUUUUACAAUGCCAGAGAAAUGGUUAUUUUGCAUUUUUCUUGUCAUAAUAACGAAUCGUACAAUUGAAAGUAUAACCAAAAUAAGUCCAAAGAGAUGUUUAGUCUGGGGUCCAGGUUUGGAUGCAGAAAAAGUCCUUCCAGCUCGCUUUUUCUAUAUUCAGGCUGUUGCAGAAGACAAUGUCAAUUUUACCUCUUCACCAGGUGAAAACAUAUUUACAGUGAACAUGAAUUCCCCGGGUGAGGAAUUCACUCGCAUUUGGGUGCAAGUAUUGGACCGGAAGGAUGGAUCUUUCCUUGUCAGAUACAGAAUGUAUUCAACCUACAGGGAUCUAGUCAUUGAGAUUAAAUUCCAAGAUGCACAUGUUGCUCAGUCACCAUAUUUUUUAAAAGGUCAUGUGUACCAUGAGUCCUGUAAUUGUCCACAAGAAGAUGGAACCAAGUGGUACAGGGACAUGCAGUGUCCCCUGUCUUUUCCACAGAUUCAAAGAGAUUUGUCCCAUUUUCCUUUUGUGGAUCCAGAGCGCAAUGCUAUAGAAAUUGCAAAAAGAUUUGGCCAAAGACAAAGUUUGUGCCAUUACACAAUAAAAGAUAAUAAGGUUUAUGUAAAAACAUUUGGAGAACAUGUUGGCUUUCGGAUUUUCAUGGAUUCCAUUUUGUUGUCUCUGACUCGGAAGGUGAAAUUACACGAUGUAGAAUUCUUCGUAAAUCUUGGAGACUGGCCUUUAGAAAAGAGAAAAGUGACUGAAAAGCUUCAUCCUAUUUUCUCUUGGUGUGGAUCAGAAAAUACAAGAGAUAUUGUCAUGCCAACAUACGACAUUACCGAUUCAGUUCUGGAAACUAUGGGACGAGUAAGUCUGGAUAUGACAUCAGUUCAGGCCAAUACAGGCCCUUCUUGGGAAAACAAAAAUGAUACUGCAUUUUGGCGAGGACGAGACAGCCGAAGAGAGCGCUUAGAACUUGUCAAACUCGGUAUCAAGCACCCUGAUUUAAUUGAUGCUGCAUUCACAAAUUUUUUCUUUUUUCCCCAUAACGAGAGCCUUUAUGGUCCAAUUGUAAAGCACGUGUCAUUUUUUGACUUUUUCCAGUAUAAAUAUCAAAUCAACAUUGAUGGGACAGUGGCAGCCUACAGAAUGCCUUACUUGCUAGCAGGAGAUAGCGUCAUUCUAAAGCAAGAUUCAGUCUACUAUGAACACUUCUACAAUGAUCUGACACCAUGGGAGCAUUACAUUCCAUUUAAAAGUGAUUUAAGUGAUCUUCUGGAUAACAUUCAGUGGGCAAAAUCUCAUGAUGAGAAGGCCAAAAUGAUUGCAAAAGCUGGACAAGACUAUGCUAGGAACAAUCUUGUGGCAAAUCACAUCUUCUGUUAUUAUUUUAAACUCUUCCAGUUCUGAUCGUUUUUUGGUGGGAAAUGCCAUAGCAAGAGAUAGAGGGGAAAAAAUGAAAGCAAUUGGCAAAGGAAAAAUAAUUGCCAUGUUUGCUUCGUAGUGAAAGCAUCUGAGUUUCAGCAACUUGUUGCUCAUUUUCUUACAAAUGGAAGAGCAAAGAAGAUUUUCCCCUCAGGUGAAUUGAAUUGAGAUCGAUUAAAUCAGAUAAUAAUGGUCAACAAUUAUCAGCAAAAUAUUAAAGCAUUUCUGCAAUCAGUGACUCAGUCCUUUGUCAUUCCUGCAUCUUGAGUGUUGUUGGCUGCACGUAUCCUGCACUUUUGUGUCAUAUUCUCAUUUUAUAAUCUUGUACCAUUCACUGCACAGCUUUCUCUGAAAUAGAAUUAAAUUACAACAUGAUAUAUUUUAUUGUACUCUCUUUAAUGUCGUGAGAAGCUCUAUGCAAUUCACUUAUACAUUUUGUUCUAAAUUACAGUACAAAAGAUCAUUAUCAAUAUCUCUUUGUUAUCAGCUCCUUAUCUGCAGAUGCCUCUUUAUCAGCAUUUUAUAGCUUUGUGACUUGUUGAACUUUGGAAUUUCAUAACUUAGUGGGCUCUGCCACCACAUACUUCGACAGUAGCUGUUAGAUUAUAUGAGGAUUAAAUUGUCCCAUUCUGAUUACAGCCAUAACCUGGACUCUUGAAUAGCUUACUCUUGGAAAAAUGUAAAAAAUUGCUUCAAAUUGGCUUUGCCAGAAGGGCACAAAGCAUUAAAACUAGCCCUGUAUGCUACUGGUGUUCAGAUGACAGUAGCCACUAUUAUAUUUAUCUUUGAUGAUAACAAUUUAUGCAAUGCCUGGGACUUCAGCUACCUGUUAUCAGAAGUGGAAUUGGGGAACUCUGCUGAAUUCAAUUGGAUGGUGUAAUGUAGGAAU